UUUCAAACAUUUCAGCAUAUUUUCAAUUGUGUUAGUACAAUACACAUAAUGACAAAAUAUCCUUGACACUACACAAAAUAAGUGUUUCAUCUAAAUAAAUGUUUCGUUCACAGUUACUGCCUUUCAUAAUGUUAUCACUAUAAAAUUUUGGAUGUGCAUCUCUUAUUGGUCAGUUUAAUACAUUUGUCUGUCACUUCAUUCAGCUGAUCUUAAUGUUUAAUCAAUGAAUCAUUCAUUAUGUCCAUGGAUUUCCAACUUGACUGAUUGUUGUCUGGUCAUUUGUAAGUUACACAUUGCUGCAAGAGCUUUCAAUCCAGAAAUACUAAUUGCUAAUUGUUUCCCCCUGAUGAUCACAAUUAGUUACCAUAUAAGUAGAACUGUGUUUGAGACUUUGCACUGUUCAAAUAUGGAGCAGGAUAGACUCGUAGGGAGAGGAAACCUUCAUCGGAGAGGUGGUGGUGGUGCUCCUCGACAGAGAGGUGGGCACAGACAAAGAGAAAGAGGUGGUGCUCCUCCUCGACAGAGAGGUGGUCUUCAGAGAAGUGUAGGCAGAAGACAACGCACCAUCAUCUCUAAUGAAGUCCGGGCCAUCAUUGUUGACCAUAUGGUUAACAGAGGCUUUACCAUGGCUGAGGCUGCCAGGUUGGUACAGCCUAAUUUACAAAGGUCAACUGUCAGCUCUAUCAUCAGAACUUUUCACCAAGAAAACCGAAUUAACAGGAGACAACCUGGUGGUGGUCGCCCACGUGUUUUGACUGACCAGCAGGAGUUGGCUGUGGAGGAAAUGGUCAGGGCAAGGAAUGACAUACGGCUGUCUGAAAUCAAACAGGCUAUUGAGAACAGCAAUGACACCUUUGCCAAUGUGCCAUCAAUUAGCCUUCCAACGAUGUCCCGGCUUUUGAAGAAGCACCAGGUUUCCAUGAAACAAAUUUACUUGGUUCCUUUUGAGAGGAACAAUGUCCGGGUGAAACAACUGCGUUCAGAAUAUAUUCAGAGGGUGAUGGAGCUGGACGCUGCUGUGAAUCAUCACACGUAUAUUUUUGUUGAUGAGGCCGGUUUCAAUCUGGCAAAAACUACAUGCAGAGGACGUAACCUUAUUGGACAAAGGGCUACCAUCCAAGUCCCUGGACAACGUGGGGGGAAACAUCUCAAUGUGUGCAGCUAUAUCUGAAGAUGGUGUGGUAGGCUGUACACCAGUUCUAGGGUCAUACAACACUGAACACCUGAUAGUUGUUUUUUUUUAAAUGAACUGGAGCAGGCCUGUGUAAUGGAAUUUCUUUUACUUAUGUACUAAUCACAUUAUUUUAUUGUAUAAUGCCUUGGUGCCACU